UGGGCGCCCGGGAGCAGGAGAGAAAGGCCAUGACUGCAGCAGAGAAGAUGAAGACCCCUAUAUUACUGAGCCCCUCUCUAUAUAAGAGGAGAAGCGGUCUACAGGCAGCCGCCCGCAGGACGCCCCCGAGCAGACAUUCGGCGCCUGUAUCCGGAGCACGCAAUGCAAAGACCCCAUCGAAGUCUCCCUCCGCCGGCUGUACCAGCGCGCCCACAGGUAGCACGCGAUCACCAGCAGGAGGAACGCCUGCCAGGAAUCCAUCAUCGAUAUCAAAGAGAGGAGAGACCAUUGGGGCGAUCAGAGAGAGGCACAGCGUUCCUGUAAUGCAGAAGGAGCCCCAGAUGAAGUAUACUGCCCCCUACCUGCUGGUACCUGUGAGACUGAAGAGGGCGGGGCUGAAACCUUUGGACCCUGAAAAAGUCAAGAAUUUGACAUCAGCAUCUCGAGUUCCUGUGUCAGGAGACGUGAAACAGAACAUCAUUCUUCGUCAGACAGCCCUUCACAGACAGCCGCCUUGGAGCCGUAAGCAGCACCCAUUACCCAGGUCAUCGGUAAAACAGACAGAGUCUUCCAGGAGGAGGACGGAAAUUGCCAGCAGAAGAGAGAACACGAACCAGCCUGGAGCGGUGAAGGCUUUGCCAUCAGAUGAACAUACUGGAGGCCACCAACUGAGCCACCAAAUGAAUCAACUGAAUCUGGAUGACAAAGGUUGUGAUGAAUCCAGAACCAGUGACAACGGUCAAGUGUCUAAUGAUCCAGCACAGACUGCCCAGCCUGAAGAGGACCUACGUGAUGCCAGUAGCUUGGCAGAAUCCAAUGUACAGGACAUUCAGAAGUCCUCACCCCUGAGUAACGUCCCAGAAAUGUCUGAGGAGACAGAAGGUAACCUUAUUAAACAAGAUGUCGGGAUGUUAGUCAUUGACUCUAGUUACCCGAUGACUGGAGAUGGCCAAGACCAGGCUCCAGGAGACGAGAAGGCACUUUCACAACCACCUUUAUGUCAUGUCGUAGAGAACCAAACUGAAGAUCCACCUACUGGCAAACCCCAACCUAGAUGUCGUGACAUUAAUAUGGUUGAUGGUUCAUAUAAGCCUUCAGAAGUAGAACCAACCACAGAAGGUCAAGAAAAAUGUCGGUCAAAUCAUAGCCACCUGAAAGAUACAGGUCCCAAUGAGGAUCUCUCUCAUCCCGUGUCACCUCGAGACCAAAAGGACUCAUUGACCAACUUUGGAGGAACAGAGUCAAAUUCAGCUGAAGACGACUUGAAGACACCAGAUCUUCCUCCACACGAACAUAACGCAACAGUAGUGGGAUCUCAACGUGUCCGGUUGAGAACUAAUGACAUUUUAAAACAAAGUCAAGGAGUCCUGGUCCUGACAAGAAGUACAGAUGAAAACGCCAUUUUCAUUCCCAAACUGAAGUUUGGGUUCACCCCUGAUAACAGCAUAGACUGGACCAUGCCAGUACCACCACCAAUGGACAGCAAUAGAGGAGGUCCGACCAAAAAGAAUGACCCUAGGAUUCUUAGCGCUUGUACGCCUCGAGGACCUACCUUUAGUAAGAGUGUCCUGAAGAAGUCAUUCAUGUUGCCCGGUCAAGAUCUUCCAUGUGGUUCUUCAGAACCUGCCCUGAGGUUGGCCAGGGCUAGAGAUGUCACAAGUUGUCCUCUGGAUAGGAUCGUGGACCUCUCCAUUUCAUUUCAGGGCAAAUUUGAGGAACAGGAAAUUCCAGCAGACAUUCCCAAAAUACUACUAACUGAGGAAGACAAUGAUGAGGACUAGUAGGAGGAGCAUGGUCUCCAGGAGUACUUUAGGGACUCAGACUAUGGAUUUGUCCAUGCUUUAUACUGCAGCUCUGCAUGCUCAGACGUAAACGCAAGGACCCCCUAGUACCUAUUCCUACUUUUUCUCACUCACAGCAGUAUUUUAAUUAAAAUGAGAGUCCACUGUCAUUCAUACAGCUAGUAACAGUCACUGGGUGAUGCGGGCACCACUGGCAGUGACUUGGCAUUUAUCUACAGGCGUAUCACACACAUGGACUCACGCUGAUUAUUCCGAAUCAUUCUGUAUUGGGGAAUAUUGAGCAUACAUGUUGACUAGCCCUGUAGACUGUAUACAGUAUUAUCACUUAUCUGCUCCACAUCCCAUCCACAGAUUGAUGAAACACGGAUCCCUGCAGAGGAUGGCUGGUUGUAGCUGAUCCUCUCCUCCGCUAGGAUCUGCAGUAGUAGGGACGGUGUAGUAUGGGCGCCGGGCAGAGCACAUAACGCAUAGU